AUGGAUCUGCGCCCCCCACCGCUGGACGUUUCUGCGCUGAUAUGCGAUUGCGCCGUCCCUGGCCUUAAGGUGGACCCCACCGACUCUGUUUUGUCUCCGGUUUCCUUGACGCCUCCCGGCCCCCGCCCCGCUGCACCCGUCUUCUCCUUUCCUCACCUCAAGCCCUGCCCCUCUUGCGUUCCCAAGCUGCGCAUGCAGCCCCAGGGUUUGUAUGAUUUCCCUCCCGUAGACCUGCCUAUACACCUCGCAGCCAACUGCCACCACGCCGUCGCUGCUGCGCAGCAGCAUCAUCAGCAAGAGCAGCAGCAGACGCAUCAAAAAGGCAGCAGCAGAAGUCGUGCAGCUCAAGGAUCCAGGCUUUUUUCAAGAAGAAUGAUGGCGGAGAUAUCAGGAGCUACACCGGUCGACUGCGCUGUGGCUUCAGUGGUAGCGGCAGUCACCGAGGCGUCUGAGUCCGUGCGGCGCGUGCGGGUGGCUCUGCGGGUCCCUGGUGCUUCUGUGCUGUAUGCAGCACCAUCGCCUUCUUGUGCUGCUGCUGCUGCUGCUUCUGGUGAUGGAGCAGCAGGAGGAGAAGGGGGGCUUCUGUCAGAGUGUUGCAUUCAUUACACUGUAGAUGGUAGUGACCCUGUGUCUUGUGAGGACCAGCAUACAGUUGGAAAAGCCCUGGCAACGCAAGGGCAGCAUCAACAGCAGAACGUACAGCAACAGCAACUGCAGCAGCAGCAGCAGCAGCAGCAGACUGCUCCGGUGAGCGAACUCUCGGCGCAAACCACAAAUGGCACCAACUGCGGCAACAACAGCACCGCCAGUGGAGGCAGCAUGAACGGCGUCGGAAGCUGCAGGAACAACAGUGAUGGAGCCAACAGCAGCAGCAACAAGAACACCACCAGCAGUAGCAGUGGUAGCUGUGGAUCCCCUGGUUUUUCUGCGAAAGCUGAGCAACGUGAAUCUCUGAGAACAAAAGAAAACCCCUCGCCAGUGACGCCGGCUCUUACGCCGCAGCAGAAGCUGUAG